AUGGCUGGCACCUCGCCUUCAAGAGUAGCAAAGUCUACUUCCGGCAGAAGAUCAACGUCGGCAACCAACAAAGUGAAAUACUCGAUGGACGAAGAAGAUGCAGAUGUGAAAGAUGACGAAAAUGAUGAAGACUACAACGAAGACGCACCCGAUGAAGAAGACAACGAGGACGAAAACCUUGAACUAGAUGAUGAUGAAAAUGUCAAGGAAACGGCGAACGGUAGUCGCCAGGCUUCUCAGGAUCCGGGAUUGGGCUCAUCUCGACCCACGGGACAGUCCAGACGGGGAAGACCACCCAAACGUAAGAAUACUGCAGUCGACACAACGUUACCGAUCAUUGAUAACUCCAAACUAGAAAACGACACCAACGGCAGUAACGGUGGGCCUAAACGGCCACAUUUGUCUUUCCCUGUGGAUGAAAAUGGAGAUCCUAUACCUGUGGUCAACGAUGAAUACACACUUGCUGACGACGUUGAAGGCGACACCAAAAUCAACAGAGACGGCGAUUUGCUGGGUGGACGCCAGUUUUUGGUAAGGACUUUUACGCUCUCUUCACGAGGCGAGCGGAAAUACAUGCUCUCGACAGAACCGGCUCGAGCUGUUGGGUUUAGAGACUCGUAUUUGUUUUUCCAGUACCACCCUAACCUGUACAAACUGACAAUAUCUCAGGACGAAAGAAAUGACCUGAUUCAUCGCGGCAUCAUACCUUACUCGUACAGAACACGCACAAUUACUUUAGUCACGGCAAGAGGAGUUUUCAAGGAAUUUGGAGCCAAAAUUAUAGUUGAUGGGAAAAACAUCACCGACGACUACUACGGUCAGAGAUUACGUGACGAGGGCCGUGUUGUGGAGGGAUCGUAUGCACGAGAGCCUCCUGCCUCUUUUAGGGGUGGUGCUAAUGGAUUAGCAUUCUCACGUUCCAACUUCAACCCUGCAAAAAACGCUGUUGAUUUCUUCGACAAACGCAACCACAACAUCGCACCGGGUAGCAACAUUAGCUCUACCAAUUGGCUGUAUCAGCACGCUGCAGCGUGUAGCAGGUUUAACAGCGAUUUGUUCUACGAUCGUGAAAGAGUGCUUCUGAUCGAGCACCAGGGAUUGCGCGAUCCUUACACCAACACCUUACACCUUCCACAAUCCACGCAAUCCACACAUGUGCUGCGGUACGUGCAAGACACGACUAAAAAGCCUGCCGACGGCGGUGUGGUCUACGAAACCGUCGUAGCGGACAAAGAUUUAACAAGAAGAUGCAUUGGAAUCAAAGAUGUGCCACUCGACAUAUUCGAAGACGUGGUAGACGACGAUAUCAAGCUGGCAAUUCUCGAACAGCAGCAGUUCGAGCAGAACGCUUGA